AAGUAAUUUGAGCAGAAUACAUGUGUCUAUGAGAAGAACGUUCAUGGAUUGAGAAAUACUACUUUCACACGCCUAGCUGAAGCAUACAGAAAGGUUUAAUUAAAAUCGAAUCGGUUUUCUGGAAUAAAGAAGAUGGCAAACUUUGUCGGAACCUGGGAGGACACCGGAGAAAGGGAAGGUUAUGAAGAAUUUGCCAAGGCCAUGGGUUUAAGUGAUGAAAUGUUUGAGAAGUUUCGAGGCACAAAGCAUACAAUGAAAUACAGCAUCAACGGAAAUACGUGGACGCUAAAUUUGUCAAGUACAUUUUUUCCGGGAAAAGAGAAAACUUACACAUUUGAAAUUGGAAAGGAAUUCUGCGAUACCGGAUUAGACGGAAAAGAAAUCAAGAACACGGUGACUGUUGUUAAUGACAAUGAAAUUCAAGAAGAUAUGAAAGUCAAGAACGAUGACUCUUGGAGAGAGUUCAAGCUAACAAGGACGGUAGAUGGCGCUAAUAUGACCACCAUUGUCAAUGCUUUUGGAAAAACCAUGCGUAGCAAGCAAAAACGACUUUAGAAAUUUAAUUAUUUGCAGUAAAACACCAAAGACCUCUAGAAUCGUGAAUAUAUAACGUUUUGAUGGGUCGACAGUCUCCAAAAAUGAAUAACGUUCAUCAUAAUUAUGCAAAGGAAAUUGGACUCAUGUUUAAUGACUGAAAUAAAAAUUGUUCUGAUUUAAA